CGGCGGGUCCCGGGGCGCCCACUCCGCCAUGGCCAGCGAGGAGCUGACGCACAGGCUGCAGCGCCGCCUGCGGCUCGGGGAGGGUCCGGGGGGCGGCCAGGGCGACCUCCAGCCCGCGGGCCUCGCCGCCCCCGCCGGGGAACCCCAGCCCGAGAUCCCGGGCCGGGCGCCCGCAGCCAGCGCCGACGCCGAGCUGAGCGCCCAGCUGAGCCGACGGCUGGACAUCAACGAGGGCGCGGCGCGACCCCGCCGCCGCAGCCGCGUCUUCAACCCCUACACUGAGUUCCCGGAGUUCAGCCGCCGCCUCAUCAAGGACCUGGAGAGCGUGUUCAAACGGUAUGACGCUGGACGGGAUGGUUUCAUCGACCUGAUGGAGUUGAAGCUGAUGAUGGAGAAGCUGGGGGCCCCGCAGACUCACCUGGGCCUGAAGAGCAUGAUCAAGGAGGUGGAUGAGGACUUUGAUGGCAAGCUCAGCUUCCGGGAGUUCCUGCUCAUUUUCCACAAGGCUGCAGCUGGAGAGCUGCGGGAAGACAGCGGGCUCCUGGCCCUGGCCAAGCUCUCCGAGAUAAAUGUUGCCCUGGAAGGUGUCAAAGGUGCCAAGGACUUCUUCGAAGCCAAGGCCCAGGCCUUGUCAUCCUCCAGUAAAUUUGAAGCAGAGUUAAAAGCUGAGCAAGAAGAACGGAAGCGGGAGGAGGAGGAGAGGCGGCUACGCCGAGCGGCCUUCAAGGAGCUCAAGGCUGCCUUCAGCACAUAAUGCUACCAACCUUGACCCAUAACCACGCUGUGCCUUGCAGUCUCCCAGGGAAAGAGGACCCCUGCCAGUCCCCCCCUCUUAUGCCUCCUCCCCUACUCCAGGACCCCUAGAUCUUCCUCCUUAGCUUCUCAGGGGUGACCAGAGGCUACAUUGAAGUUUCCUAGUGCCUUGGCCCUUCCUUUCAAAGGCUUACUCCUCUGUCCUGCUCUCUAGCCAGGACCUGCCUUUUCUUGGCCACCUACACUUUUUUCCCCUCAACCCUUUCGUGGUUUCUGCUCAACCAGUAAUCUGUUGGGUUCAUUUGUACAGAUUUUCUUUCUUUCGUGGUCCUCAGCGCACAUGGUGCCCUUUCCUUGGGCUGUCUCUGUGCUUCUCCUUUUGUUCUCUUUUUGGUCAGUCUGCCAGCUGCUUCGGUUCUGUCUUCUGUGAUGCUGGUGGGAGGCGUGGGGGGCAGGGCAUGACCCAUCCCCUCUCCAUUAGGUGGAGGAAGUGCCGCGCAGUCCUGUCAUCUCUCCUUCCCUCUCCUCCAUGUCUUCCCAUUCAGUACUUGUCUUCCAUUCCUAAAUACUGCGCUACAGAACUGUAACAAUGAAUCAUGAGAAGUAAGAGACCGAAGCAGAAAGGUUCAUGUUAACUCUGGUCCUAUACAAAUAUCCCCUGGGCCCUUGGUGUUCCCAGGUGACAUCCCAAGUGAUGGCCAUGCGGACCUCCGCCUGUCCCCAGCAUCUGCUCCAGGCGGUGAGGCAAGGCCAUUCCCACCCACAGGUUGGCGUGUUGUAAGUUCUUGGGAUUGCUCAGACAUACUUGGAGUUUGUUGAGUGAUUUUUUUUUUUAAAAAAGAAAUUUCUAAUACCAGAUUUGUUACUUCUCUUUUGUAACCGCUGUAUUUACAAUAAAGAAAUCAUCUGUCUUUCUACCUUAACCUGUUUGGUUUUCAAUAAACUGUGCAAAUGAACUUGGCCAUC